CACUGUCCAGACAAUGGACCCCGAGGUGACUUUGCUGCUACAGUGCCCUUUUGGGGGGCUGCCCGAAGAGCAAGUGCGGGCUGAGCUGAGCCCAUCCUAUGACCGUCGCCCUCUGCCAGGCGGGGACAAGACCAUCGCUACUGUCUGGGAAAACCGUCUGCAGGCUCAGCCUUGGCUCUUCAAUGCUCCCAAGUUUCGCCUGCACUCUGCCACCCUGGUGCCCACGGACUCUGCCGGGCCACAGCUGCUCCUGCAUCUGGGCCUGACUUGCUACCGGGACUUCCUGGGCACCAACUGGGCCAGCUCUGCUGCCUGGCUGAGACAGCAGGGGGCUGCCGACUGGGGGGACAGGCAGGCCUACCUGGCGGACCCUCUGGGGGUGGGCGCAGCACUGGCCACAGCUGAUGACUUCAUUGUUUUUCUUCGACGCUCUCAGCAGGUGGCCGAGGCCCCAGGGCUAGUGGACGUGCCUGGUGGGCACCCUGAGCCUCAGGCCCUGUGCCCUGGUGACAGCCCCCGGCAUGAGGACCUCCCUGGGGAGCUGGUGGUGCGGGAGCUCUUCUCCAGUGUCUUACGAGAGAUCUGUGAUGAGGUGAACCUGCCGCUGCUGACCCUGAGCCAGCCCCUGCUGUUGGGCAUCGCCUGCAAUGAGACCAGCGCCGGCCGCGCCAGUGCCGAAUUCUAUGUGCAGUGUAGCCUGACUUCUGAGCAGGUGAGGAAGCACUAUCUGAGUGGGGGACCCGAGGCCCACGAGUCCACAGGGAUCAUCUUUGUGGAGACACAGAGAGUGCAGAGGUUUCAGGAGGCUGAGAUCUGGGCCGAGCUCUGCCCCUCGGCCAAAGGCGCCAUCCUCCUCUACAGCCGGGUUCAGGGCGGCGCCCUCCCGAUCCCAGCCCAAGCACCACAGCUCUGA